GAGAGCGUCAGCCGCCGGCUCUUGCAGCUCCCACAGCCAGCGCCCCCGGCGACAUUCCCCUCGACGGCCGGGCCCAUAUGCGCGACUUCAACGUGGUGGUACUCGGAGCUGGGGGAGUUGGCAAGUCGGCUCUGACAGCCCGAUUCAUCCGCGACGUCUUCAUCGAAAAUUAUGAUCCUACCAUCGAGGAGGAGUACAGGCGUACGUUACAGGUUGAUGGUACUCUGACAUCCCUCGAGGUGUUAGAUACCGCUGGGGCAGAUCAGUUCAAUGCGAUCAAUGAAAUGUACAUCAAGAACGGCCGUGGCUUUCUUCUGGUGUUCAGCUUGACGCAAGAAGCCAGCCUACGCGAAGUCGAGAUGCUGCGGCAGCAAAUAUACCGCGUCAAAGGUGGCUCGGCGAAAGUCCCAAUCGUUGUCGUCGGUACAAAGCUGGACCUCGUGAACGAGCGCGAAGUUCCACGAUCGACAAUCCAGGAGCUGGCCGCGCGAUGGGGCUUACCUUUCUACGAGACAUCGGCCAAACGCAAUUGGCAAAUAUCGACUCCCUUCGAAGAUCUGGUGCGUCAAAUGCUAUCCAGAUAUCCAGUGGAGUCCGUCCGACGCAAGAAAGGAUCAAGAGGCUCUUGCGUGGUGAUGUAGAAUCUCUGGACGAUCUCGAUUGCGCCGUGGAUCGUCGUUCCUUUUUCUUGAUCAUGCCACGUUUUCUGACGAGCUUUGACGACCUGUUCAUCUGCUUAUUAUAUUCAUAGUGUUAAUGGUUCUUGCUACACGCUAGCCAUCUAGGCAAGAGUGCAUAGACAUGUACGUAGAUAUUUUCGUUGCUGGCUGAUAUAUGCCCGCCAAAUGUUGCUAUACAGCGUUCC